CGACCUGUACUUUCGUCGAUCGCACUGAAAUCUAGAGGAUGAGUCGAAGGAUUCAUGUGCAGGAAACACCCACCAGCAUUUCGUCUCCAUAAGACCUGUUUGGUUUAAUGCUUGUAAAUAAAAACGACUGACACAGAAGGUUGAUAGGCGGGACUUCCUUCGAGCAUAAACGAGUCCGGUUGUUUAUCUCGGUGUGCCACACAAGCCGAGCCGGUGCAGGAUCAGAUAACAAGGUCAUCUCAUCCCACACCACACUAUGCUGGGCUGCUUGUUGCGAGGAGGCUGUGGCCCUGUGGUCUGCCUGUGGACCCUGCUGUUGCCUCUGGUCUCCCUCCAUCGCUUGAACCAACAUGGGCUCAGGGACCACAGUGUGCCGGACCGGCCCAAGCUGCUGCUAGUGUCCUUUGAUGGCUUCCGCUGGGACUACGUUGACCGGGUGCCCACGCCUAACUUCCACAGUCUCAUGAAUGAGGGAGUAACGGUGGAGCAGGUGGAAAACGCUUACAUCACUAAAACCUUUCCCGACCACUACAGCUUGGUGACGGGACUGUAUGCCGAGACGCACGGCAUUGUAGCCAAUGAGAUGUACGAUCCCACUCUGAACCGGUCCUUCUCCAUGGAGACAGACAGUAUUUAUGAUUCACGGUGGUGGGAGGAGGCAGUACCUCUCUGGGUGACCAUUCAGAAAGCUGGAGGGAGGAGCGGAGCGGCAAUGUGGCCGGGGUCUGAUGUGAAGAUCCAUGGCUUGUACCCCACUCAGUACCUCCCGUACAACGCCUCAGUUUCCUUUGAAACUCGGGUGGAGCGGAUUAUUGAGUGGCUCUCAGCACCUAAAGAGGAGGCGGUGGAUUUUGGAGUUCUGUACUGGGAAGAGCCUGAUAAGAGUGGGCACAGUUUGGGACCUCAGAGUCCUCGCAUGGAUGCAGUCAUCGUAGAUAUCGAUGAGAAGCUUGGCUUUCUCAUUAACGAGCUCAAGAAAGCCAGGCUGUAUGAGACAGUGAACCUGAUAGUGACCAGUGACCACGGGAUGACACAGCUUUUCUCUGAUAAAAUCAUAGAACUGGAUGAGUACGUGAGCAGAGACUUGUACACCUGGGUGGAUAAGAGUCCAGUGGUGGGAAUACUGCCUAAAGAAGGAAAGCUUGAGGAGGUGUAUAGUAAGCUGGUGGAUGCAAACCCAAACAUGGUGGCGUACAAGAAGAAAGACAUUCCCGAGCACUUCCAUUAUAGGCACAAUAUCAGGAUCAUGCCCAUCAUCCUGGAGGCCAAGGAGGGCUGGACCAUUGUGCAGAACAGGACCGCGCCGUUCAUGUUGGGAAACCAUGGCUAUGACAACACCUUACGCAGCAUGCAGCCUGUGUUUGUGGCCCGUGGGCCGGCCUUUCGCCGGGAUUACGUCAAGAUCUCCAUGCGCUCUGUCGACAUUUAUCCCCUCAUGUGCCACAUCCUGGCCAUCCACCCUCUGCCGAACAAUGGCUCCCUCUUAAACGUUAAGGACCUCCUGUCCCAACAGCCAACUCCAUCCACACCCAGCAUCCCUCCCAGGGUCAAAGAGUACUCAUAUGCACCUGUCAUGGGAUCGUUCUUCGGUGUGUUGAUGGUGGUAGGCUUUCUGGUGGUUUACAUCAGACAAGUGACCCUCAAACAGCUGCCUUCACUAAAACACAGAAGCAGGGAGAUGUCACAGCCCUUACUGCAAGAGGACUUGCACCUGUAGCUGAAGAAAUAAAGGUUGGCAGACAUAAAAGAAGAGGAGAUAUUUCUCCCUGAGGUGGUCUGCUCUGUCCAGAAGCAUCCACUAAACGCCUCCCUUGCACCACUAAUUGCCAUUGUGCUGCUGUUUUUAUUAGUUGGUGGUCAAGGGAAUAUAACCAUCUAAUCAUACGUAGAGGUGCAUCUUGUUUGCUUGAGCAUGAGGGAAAUGUCUAGGGUUUGCUUCUGGUGCAGGCUUACUCAAGAUAGUAAACGUUUACAUGGGCUUUAUUGUAGCUUUGCUUUGAUAGUGAAUUUUACCUAAUGCCAUCUCAUCAUGUUCAUCGUCACUUAGUAAGUAAGAAUUCAAAGUGUGGAAUUUUAACUUGUGAUUCUGGAGAGUAUGAAUCUUUGGUGGCCAAAACUGUGACUUGGUAAUAUUAAAGCUUGAUUUAUGGUUCUGCCUUGAAUCUGACGUGCACCUCCCCAGAAAUGUAACUUGUGUAGGCUCUGUGUAGAAUCAAUGCAGAACCAUAAAUCAAGCUUAAGGUGACAGAUAUGCUUGAAACAAAUUAGUUUCUCUGAAGGUAUAGCUGUUCUAAACAACCACACUCCAAGGGUAGCUUAAAAGCAGCAAAUAAGUGUAUAUGGGAACAGCAGUAGCUUUGGUUCAUUUGACAUUUUCAAAUCUAUAAGCGGAUUUGCAUGAUUUGCAUCAAGUUAAAGGAUGAUCAACGACUUGUCAGAUUUUUUUUUUCCACCUGUUCUACUUGUUGGUCUGAGCACUGAAUUAGACAUACAAAUACAAAUGCUGUGAUUAAAGAAUCAAAACUCAGCUAGUUUAAGGAGCUUGGCUGGGUCAGUGUUAUUUACCUGGAAGCAGAGGAUCCACUUAAUACUCACACACUGUGCCAGUCUGCUGCUCAUAUGUGGAGGUUAUUCCAUGAGCCACCACAUCACAACCUUACUCUUUAGUAGUCUGUUAUCAUUUGCCUUUUAACUUAAUGGAGAACAUCUUUCUAAGGUGUGCAGUCACUUGUGUGUACAUUAUUUUUUGUAGAGUUUGUGUUUGUGAGGGCAUUUUUCUCUAAAGGUUACUGUGGACUGCUCUCCUGUUUGUAUGUUGACUGUCAUAACCAUGGCCAUUUGUUGGUGAAAUGUGAAGUGCAAUUGCUAUUUCUUCUUAGGGAGUUUAAGGAUUUUGCUGUUGUUGCUGUUGUUGUUGUUGCUUGAUUGAGAAGACUCUUUGGGCAUGACUUGCAAGAACUGUUACCCUGAUUUGCACUACAGGAUAGAAGGGUCAGUAGUUGAAUGCUUUUUAGGUCAUGUAUGAUUUGCACUUCUCACUCAUUGUUGCUAUUGAAAUUAUAAGAAUACUUGGGUGCCUCAAACCAAAACCUUUUUAAUUAGUAUGACUGUAGGAAGUCAAGUAGAAUCCAAAUCUGCCAGUAAAUUAUUCAACUCUUUAAAAAAAGAAUUGGUUCAUUUUUGUUCUUAUGCUUGCUUAUGCACUGACUUAUAAUACCUGUGCCCCCAAAACAAGACAGACACCACUGUGAUAUAGACUUUUUACAAAAUUUACAUGAAUCAUUUUGAACCAUUUAUAUGGAAAUUAAUUUUCUGAUAAUUGUCCUUUUAUGAAAGAAAGCUGUUACCUGAUAAUUUAUCCCCUGACUUAUUGACAGUGAAAUGAAAUAAAUCACUAUAUGUAGAUCAUUUGAAAUUGUUCACUUGUUAGUAAAGAACAAGUGACCUGGUUUAUCUCAGUUGAUUAUUAACUUGGAUUUGGCAUAUGGAUAUUUAAUAUGAUUUACAGAUUUUAACUAUCUUUGCCAUGUUGAUGCAUAAAAAAAACAUGAAAAU